AUGCCCACCACUGUAGGCGUCCUAGCCCUCCAGGGCGGCUUCCGAGAGCAUCUCUCCCUCCUCUCUAAAGCAUCGCACAUGCUCCUGGCGUCGUCAGGCUCUGCACGGACAGACUACUCCUUCAUCGAGGUGCGCACGUCUGCCGAGCUGGCCCGGUGCGAUGCCCUCAUCAUCCCUGGAGGCGAGAGCACAACCAUGUCGCUCGUUGCAGCGCAGACUGAUCUCCUCGACAGGCUACGAGAUUUUGUAAAGGUCCAGAAGAAGCCAGUAUGGGGCACGUGCGCCGGCCUCAUCCUCCUCUCCGACGCGGCCAACGCCACGAAGAAGGGUGGUCAGGAACUCAUCGGCGGCCUGCCCGUACGCGUCCACCGGAACCACUUCGGUCGACAGACGGAGAGUUUCGAGGCGGACAUGACCCUCCCGUUCCUCCAGGGCCCCCCCACGACGACUGCCUCGGAAGAGGAGGACGGCAAGAACGGUGCCGGUGCCGAUGCCGGUACCGAGUCGGACAGGCCCUUUCGAUGCGUCUUCAUCCGAGCCCCCGUCGUCGAAGAGGUGCUCGACACCCAGACCGUACAGGUCCUGGCCAAGCUGCCGGGGAGGCUGGACAGGGCCGUGCCGGGCGUGUCGCAGGCCAGGACGAAGGACGGCUCGGGAGACAUCGUGGCCGUCAGGUGCGGAAACGUCCUAGGGACGAGCUUUCAUCCUGAGCUGACGGAUGAUGCGAGGAUACACUCUUGGUGGUUGAGGACUCUGGUUGCUUGA